AUGGCUUCUUCAAUCCUUCCACUCCUCCUACUCUUCCUCGGUCUCUCCAUCUUCAUGUCCCUGAGUAACGCCAGCAAAGUAAUAGUGAUGGACGCGAUGCAAUGGCAGCAACCCUCAUCCUCAUCCUCAUCCUCAUCAGCAGCAGCAGCAAUGUCUCUCUACGACGACGGCGACGGAGACGGUGAAAGUGAUGAAGGGUUUGGUGAGGAGAGGAGAUCUCUGUACUGGAGCUCCGGCGGAGGAGGAAGUCGGUACCACAUAUCGUACGGGGCGCUGUCGGCGAACAGAGUCCCCUGCCCACCGCGCUCUGGAAGGUCUUACUAUACCAAUAACUGUCACACCACGAAGCAGCCUGCUAACCCUUAUCAGCGCGGCUGCUCUUGCAUCGUCCACUGCAGGAGAUAG